UGCACAUCGCAAGACCUAUCUUUGAAUCACUCUUAUCUGAAGUGACUUAUCUAAAACAGCUGACAAACACGGCAGAGCCACUAGAGGAAGAUCGUAACAAUGUCCUACGUGAAAUCAAUGCAGCACGAUUAUUAAGACUUGAUGAAGAGUUCAAACAGACAGAACAAGGUCCGAUAAAGGACGGUGUAACAGCGGAAGAUGCUGCGGAGGAGGAAAGCGACGAAAUUGAGUGA